AUGACGUCCCAGGUCGUUAAAUGGCGCGUGGGAGAGCGUCAAGUGCCUCAGUCACGUCGUAAUCUACCACUACAUGUUUUAUUAACCAAAGAAUCACAUCCAUUAGCUAUUGUGACGUCUAAUUCCAGCUUGAAACCGGUAAAUCUGACACUUCCAUCGGCUUCUCCGUCUUGUACGUUUAAUGACUCGUUAUCGAGCAAAAAAAGCGGUAGUGGAGCGUCAAUGGAGCUUGUGGUGCUACAAGAUGGAGAUAUGGAUCCUCUGGGUGCUCUCUCGUCGUCAACUGCCGGAAAAAUGACGCAUUCCGAGUUUCCAGACGUGAAUGUAUCGACGUCAAUUGAUUUCGUUCAUUCGAUUCCAAUAGUAAUACCAAGUACAGUCAAACACAAGUGGAAAGAGCAUACGGACCGUCUAUUGGCGAAAUAUGCUGACCAUACGUUUAAAAUUAAAGCGAGUAUGUUUGAAGUGAAUGAGCUGGAGAAUGAAAUCUUAUGUGUACCAAAAAGUGAGUAUCAGAUGAAGGAUGACCUUGUAGAGGCAUCAGUGAUUAAGAAAACACGUACAAGGUUGGAACAGUUGGAUCGUGGACCUGAGAAAAAUCGGUCUUUGUCGGGACAAGACGAAGAAACAAUUGAAAUUUCUCAAAGUCAAUAUGUGGCUAAAGUAAAAGAAAUGCAAAAGAAAUUAGUUACUAGCUGGGAACACAAUUAUAAAGUUGAGGCACUACGUAUUGCAAUCAAGUGUGUGAAAUUGCUUGCAGAUAUUCACACAGCACCUCAGUUGUACCCAUGCGUGUUUGUGUUGGUGAGUGAAGUACUGGAUACGUUUGGAAAGCUUGUGUUUGAUCGUAUUCAUGCACGAGCGUCUGAGGACGAAAAUGGCCUGCCUCUUCCAGAAGUACUAGGAGAACACUUUACGAGCUCGGACAUUAAUGUCCAAGCGACUGAAACGUGUCGCAAUUGGUUUUACAAAUCGGCUUGCAUUCGAGAACUUCUUCCUCGAAUUUACAUCGAGGUUGCAUUGCUUGGGUGUUAUCGCUUUCUUUGUGAUGGCGAGUAUCCGCAAAUUGUAGCACGGCUAUCAAACAUGAUCAAAGGUGUUGGUGAGCCAAUGGUUGCGUUGUACGCACGCCUAUAUCUAUCGUUAACCAGUUCGGAGCUGCUAGGUACCUCUUUGCCAGCUGAUCAGACUAUUGUAGUGAGCAGCAGCCUGUUCGACUACUUUUACGCGUUCAAUUGGUUUCGCCAACACAAGCUUGAGCACUGGUUACGUACGCACAAAAUGGAAUAUGGAGAGUACCUGGCGCUUCAUUCACCUGCAGUAGAGUGGCUUUUCAAAUGUGCGGCUCCAGGUGCCAGCCAGGACACCUUCGAUUCGCUGUUGGCACACUCUCAGGAGUAUUUUGACAGUUCCAUGGUGUUAAAGCACUUGUGCGAAUGUUUGGGUGCCCAAUUUUACGCCUCGACGCCCACCGAAAUAUUGGAGCUAAUUCGCACAUCUUCCCCAUCUCUUGUUUCCAAGUGUCAUCUGUAUAGUCUGGUUGCAGUGCAACUUAGCAAUGUGCCUGUAAUCGCCGAGAAUGAGUCAGGUGGAAAAUUGCAGUUUUUAAACAGUUCGUGGUCUUCGAUCACUUCUCAAGAAGACAUCACGCAGUAUAUGGAAUGUGCAGCGGCUUACAUGAAGCUCAUUGUGGCUCACUUUUCGCACCGCGAGGCCCUCAUCCUCCUUAAGGAUGUUGUUCGCCACCUUAACGCAGCAACACCCAAGGAGCUUACAGCAAAAACGUACAAUUUACUUGGUGCCCUUAUUGAAAAUGCUGUUUUCGGGGCUAAGCAGCAUUACGAGUUCUUCUCGAAACUCAUCCCGUCUACACCAUUUUUGACUAUCAUGGACAUGUUUAAGCGAGAAUCGAGUGUGAAUGUGGCGAAGAAAGUAUUGCGAGCUUUUGUUGGAGGAAACAUGAAAAAAUCGUCCAACCGUUCAGGCACCUUACGACUCCACGUCGUUGGUCCAGAGGCAGCUGUGGCGCACACACUCUUGGUUGUCUGUUGUCGCGUGCACGAUGCGCUUAACUCACUCAGUACUGUGUCAGAGCAUGCUGAGGCUAGCCGUGACAUAUCGGCCUUCAUUACACGACUUGGAUACGUAAACGAAAGCUCUGCUGUGAGUGAACGAGCACAAAUUGAGAAACAGGAAGCGUUACUCAUGCUUUACACAGACUGCCGUCGCGCAUUUUACAAGCUGGAUCAGAUCAAGAUGCUGCUGAUAGCGAUGGUUCUCCGGCUAGCGAUGCACGCUCACAAGCGUAUUAGCGGUAAGGCUGUGCUGGCAAAUGGGAGCAAGAAGCGUGUUCACGCGCGUCGGAGCUUUAUUCAAUCCUGCUUAGCAUUCGCGCACGUUACGAUUCCAUCGAUAGAUACGCCGUUGGAAAAAUUGCAACUCAUGGUCUCGGCGGCAAAUGUAGCGCUGGUAACGAGUUGCAUACCGCAGAUGGACUCAAUGGUGAAAGCUGCCAUCGUAAUGCUCGCAGAUAUUGAUUUAAGUGCUGUGCGGCCUAGCUUCAAUUGCGAUACAGAUUCGGGAAUGUUGACUUUUGGCGCUCCAACUCACGCUGCUGCUGUCAGACUGUUUGGUGUGGUGGGCAUCAGUAGCAACUAUAAAAUCGAUGAGGUCGUGCAAGUAGUCGGUCAGUUGAUGAGCGUAUUGGUGUAUGCUCCAUCAUUGAACGACGAAGAUGCGUUCUAUUAUAUUACUGCGCUGCGCAAAGCUGUUCUGGAGCGGAUGACAUGGAUUCCGCGGAACUCGCCGUCGCUGUCACAUCGACUCGAAGCUGGUGUCGCACGUGUGCGCGUGUUACUCAUGCUUGCUGAAGUCUAUGCGUUAUGGGCGCAGCAAUCGCUACCAGGUCGUCUUGAUGGUGUAGACUCGAAUGAUGUGCUCUACGGUGGCGAUGACGCUUUUUACAACGAAGUCCAGGUGCGCUUUAGCUCGGUUGUUGAGGAAGUAGCGCGAGAUAUCGAGGCGUUAGGUGAGCCGAUGGAUGACAACGACAACGCGGAGAGUGAUGCUGCCGAGCGAGUAAUGGCAGCGCAGAUCGAGCUCAUGUUAGACUUUGUCAGCCAGGUGAUUCCUGUGCUCGAGUACGACGAAUCUCGUUUGGAUGGGACAACAGAUUUAUUUCGAGGCAAUGAAUCUACUGGUAUUAGUUGCAGCGGCAGUCGACGACGAAAGAAGCCUCGUUCUGGCAUUGCGUUGGUACGCAAGUGUAUGACGUACAGCUACGAGAAGGCAAAGCUGCUGAAGCAAGCGAAGCCGAGAGAGAUGUCGACAAGCCAAUUGCAGAGGACCACGUGGAUCUGUCGCUACUUCGACAGCACGCGAGUGUACGUUACCGAUUUUAUGCUGGAAAUGUCAACGCGCGCUGCAGGCAUUCAUCUAGACGCGACUAGUCAGCAGUCGAUGAUGACUCUUGCUGAUACCUUUCGACAGCUUGCGCUCUAG